ACGUUGUUAGAGGAGUCCGCGUGACACGUGGACAUAAAAUUCUAUAAAAGGAGAGUUCAACGUUAUUUUACCGAGUCUCAAAUUCGUAUACCGAAUCGUUCGGAUCGCAUUUCUCUUCAGAUUUUUGCACCACUCACUUUGUGAAGAAAAUGGGAGGGGGAAAGGAUAAGCCACACGGCAAAGAAGGCGAGAAGGGGUUUUUCUCGGACUUGGUGCACGGGCCCGGGUAUCCACAUGGUGGGUAUCCGCAGCAAGGAUAUCCCCCGCAAGGAUAUCCCCCGCAAGGAUAUCCUCCGGCCCCAGGGGCAUACCCUCAUCAAUCUUACCCGCCACCGCCCGGGGCAUAUCCUCAGGGAUAUCCUCCGCAAGGGUAUCCCCCACAAGGCUAUCAGCCAGCUCCUUAUCCUGGUCAACAUGGACAGGGAUCCGGGCAUGGAGGAUCUCACGGGGGAGCAGCGGUACUCCUGGGGGGUGCAGCGGCUGCUGCAGCAGCUGCGUAUGGAGCAGGCCAUAUGGGGCACGGAGGCUUCAUGGGCCAUGGAAGCCACGGAGGCCACGGAGGCGGCCAUGGAGGCUACUACGGCGGCAUGCCAAGCCAUGGGUAUGGCGGCCACCAUGGCAAGCACGGCAAGUUCAAGCAUGGCAAGUUCGGCAAGCACAAGCACGGGAAGCAUGGCUUUGGCGGUGGCAAGUUCAAGAAGUGGAAGUGAUCGCUUAUUAGUAUACGCUCUUGGUCAAUAAUGCUCUCUCGCAAAAGCUAUUUCUCCUUUAACAAUGAAACUUCUGCAGUGACUGCUGUAUAAGCAUUCUGCUUCUAUUAGGUUUUGAUCCGACUUUUCUAAGGAUUGGUUGAGUAGAGCAUCCAAUCUCUGUAUCUUUGUGGUGUUUUUAUAUGUGGAUAAUGAAUCCUUGUGUUAAUAAAUGCUUUUAGUGUGAAUUUUCUUCUCUCUUUAUGACUUGUUUGGUGUAGUGCAGUGAAUGUAGCACCUGCAGCGAGCUACAGUAAAGUGUGAAUUGUACAAGAAGUUCCACAAAGUCGAGGAUUUGUGAUCUUCGGAUCAGUGUUAUGCUGUAAAAGUUUGAAUAUUUAGCUUUGUUUUA